AUGCUUGACGAGAUGAAGGUGGCUUUCGCAGGCGUACUCGACGAGUUCAAAGACGACGACCUUCCUUCCCCACCAUUGCUCAAAAUCCUUGACGUGGUAGCCAGUGGGCUUGGCAAGUCUCUUGUUGAUGGCGUCGUUGGACUUGAGAGUGGUGCCGUCACAGGAGGAAUUUUUCAUUUCGCUCCCAGCGCAUCGCCAUCCGACCCGAGUCCCCUCGGGCCGGUCGAACUACAAUACUGCCACCUCUUCGGCUUCUGGUCGCGGCAAUUAAAAUAUGACGGACGUCCGGCGCUGCAGCUGCCAACUCCCGCCGGUACUGCGGCUGCCAACUCCAAACCAACCCAAGGGGAUCUCAGCAAAGACCCGCCCGCGUACUGCAUCUCCGACUUGCGCUUCAGUCCCACCGAGGACUACCUCUCAGUUGCCAGUUGGGACAAGAAAGUGCGGAUAUACGAGAUUGCAAACGACGGCCCGAGCUAG